CAUUCCCGGUAUUUUCCGCGAAAACUGUUCAUGUUGGAUGACCUACUUUCUAAAAGAAUCGUCGAGACGGCAAGCCUGCGUUCAACGCAAAGUGGACCUACGGUGUUAUUAUUAUUAUUUUUUUUUCAUCAGCAAACCAAAUUAUUCAUUUUCACUUUUUUUUUAUCUUUCCCCCUAGUGCGCGAAAAAAACAAAAUAAGUAAAUAAAUCCGUCCGCCGCAUUCGUCGCAACCCUUCGCGUAUCGCCGUCGUAGUCCGUUCCGUCGUCGGGUCGUGCAGCGAGACAAUAACGACGAAAUCGUCAUCGGCCGCCGACGUGUACGUAGAUAGUAGGUAUUUGUAGUAUUUGAUAUUUUUUCCGCCGCCGCCGUCGUCCCGGACGGUUGCCGUCCUGUUUCGUGUGCCGUCGCGCCAGUGUUCAUAACAAUACCUAUAUUAUUAUACAUAUAUCUAUGCCAGACGACGUGAAAAACAAGUGCAAGUGAACGACGACGAUGGCCUACCGACCUACAUUGCCGCCGUGCUGGCCGUCCGUCGGAAAUGCAUCGGUACGAGCAUGACGGCGCAACUGUCGGAGUACGCGACGUCGAGCCCGAUGGCGGGCGACGAGAACGGCGGUGGCAGCAGCAGCAGCAGCAACGAUAGCGGCGGCGGCGACGAAUCCGCCGCAGGACGACGGGUAGUGAUGAUAGCGUUCAAAAUGGAUGACAAUAACUGCGACGACGAAACGGUAGCCGGACCGUCUCGAGACGAUUCGAACUCGGAACCGCACGCCAUAGUGCUGCAGCAGCAGCAGCAGCAGUCGCCGCCGCCACCGUCGUUCUCGUCGGACGGCAAUACAGCUGAUCAAAAGUGCAUGGACCUCAGUAAUUUGAACGAAGAUGAUCAAACAUUCAUCGAAGAUUCGAAGUGCAUGGACUUGAGUCAUUUGAGUGACGAUGAUCCCAAUUUCAUUGAAGGUGGAAACGGCGGCGGAGGAAGCGGCGGCGUGUCCGGUUCCAUGGACGGGCUCCAGCAGUACGUGGCCGUCGGCGGAAACGGCGGCGGUACGCCCGUGUCCGCGGCCGCGGCCGCCGUCAACCCGUCGGCCACCGGUUCCGAGCUUCCUGACACCAAGGAAGGCAUCGAGGAACUGUGUCCCGUGUGCGGUGACAAGGUGUCCGGUUACCAUUACGGUCUGCUCACGUGCGAGUCGUGCAAAGGCUUUUUCAAGCGGACCGUUCAAAACAAAAAGGUGUACACGUGCGUGGCCGAGCGAUCGUGUCACAUCGACAAGACCCAAAGGAAGCGGUGUCCGUUCUGCCGGUUCCAGAAAUGUCUCGAAGUCGGCAUGAAACUCGAAGCCGUCCGAGCGGACAGGAUGCGAGGAGGACGAAACAAAUUCGGUCCGAUGUACAAACGUGACAGGGCGAGAAAGUUGCAGAUGAUGCGUCAGCGACAGAUGGCCGUGCAGACGUUGCGCGGCGGCGUGGUCACGUCGGCCGGAGCCAACAACCACCACCAAUUCGCCAUGUUGGCCGGCGACGCGGUUACGCUAGGCCAGUACCCAGGCUCCACCAUCACAUCAUCGGUGUCCAGUUUGCACAUCAAACAAGAAAUUCAGAUUCCCCAGGUGUCUUCGUUGACGUCCUCACCCGACUCGUCUCCCAGCCCGAUCGCCGUGGCUCUGGGCCAGGCCGGACUCGGGUCUCUGGCCACCGGCGCCGGAGGCACUACGUGCGUGGUCAACCAACACUCGCAAAUGACGCUGCAAAUCGUGGCAUCGGCCAACGGCAACAACAACAACAACAACAACAACACUAGCAGCAGCAACAACAACAACAACAGCACGGGAGUGACCAACAUGACCGGAGCGAACGGCGGCGUGCCGCCUUCGCCGCUCCAGCAACAUCACCAGCAGGCGCAACAGCAACAACAGCAACAGCAACAGCAGUCGGCGGUCCCGGCCGCGUCCAUGUUGUCCGUCAACAAAAUGUGGUCGCCACCAUCGUCGCCCAAGAACUACCUGUUGUCCGCGCACCAGCAGCAACAGCAACAGCAGCAGCACCACGUGUCGCCGCAGCAGCAACAGCAACAGCAGCAACAGCAACAGCAGAUGGUGGACGGCGGCGGUAGCACGUCGACCGCCGCGGCCGCGACCGCCAACGUGGUCGGCGGCACCGGCGUCAAGGGCAUGUCGCCCAUGAUCCGGGACUUUGUGCAGGGCCUGGACGACCGGGAGUGGCAGAGCUCGCUGUUCGGCCUGUUGCAGAACCAGACGUACAACCAGUGCGAGGUCGAUCUUUUCGAACUCAUGUGCAAGGUGCUCGACCAGAAUCUGUUCUCGCAGGUGGACUGGGCGCGGAAUUCGGUGUUUUUCAAAGAUUUGAAGGUUGACGACCAGAUGAAACUGUUGCAGCACUCGUGGUCGGACAUGCUAGUGUUGGAUCACAUCCACCAGCACAUGCACAACAAUCUGGCCAACGAGAUCAUGUUGCACAACGGGCAAAAGUUCGAUCUGCUCGCGCUCGGCCUGCUCGGCGUCACCUCGAUGGCCGAUUGUUUCGCCCAGGUCAUCGACAGGUUACAGGAGCUCAAGUUCGACGUUGGCGAUUACAUUUGCUUAAAGUUCCUGCUACUGUUGAACCCCGACGUCAAAGGGAUCGGUAACAGUAAACACGUUCACGAAGGUCACGAGCAAGUGUUGAAGGCUUUGUUGGACUAUUGCAUCACAGCCAACUCUCAAGUACAGGACAAAUUUACCAAGUUGUUGUCCGUGCUACCAGAAAUCCAUCACAUAGCCACCAGGGGCGAGGAGAGUCUCUACUUGAAGCACUGUAGCGGCGGUGCUCCCACGCAGACGUUGCUCAUGGAGAUGCUGCACGCCAAGCGAAAAUAACACACAAUUACACAAAAUACCUACACACACCACUCACCACCAAAAAUAUUAUAUUUAUAACAAUAAUAGCGUACUGUUAUUAUUAAUAUAAUAAUGAUAAUAUAUUAUUAUUAUUAUAUAUUUAAAUAUAUAUAAACCACACACAACACAACACCAUCCCGUACACACUCAUACACACACACAAAUCGACACCAUCUGCAAUAUGCGAAGAGAAGAGACACGAGCCCGCACUCCUCGCACUCGUUCACACGGUUGGCCAAAUAUUUUUAAAGACAAAUCCCAUCAUCGUCUAUUUGAGCGACAGCCACGUUACCAUGACAACUAAAUACAUUUUGAGUCAUUACAGAGUUACCAACUGAUCUCGUCGACAGCGUCAUUACACACGUACGCGAUGUUGGUCAAAACUACUCGUACACACCACGUACACUGAUGUACACAUACACCAAUACACAAUUACACACACUUACACAAAUACACACCACAUAAUUAUUAAUAUUAUUUAUUUUUAAUUAUUUAAAUUAUGUUAUUUUUUUUAAUUAAUUAUUAUGAUACAUAUAUAUAUAUAUACCUAUAUAUAAGAAAAGUAAUCCUUCCGAUGACUAAUGAAAUAAAAGUGCAUAAUGUGCGCUCAAAAUAUCCGAUUAUUAUAUUAUUAACUAUGUUAUGUUUAAUAGUGCAUAAUAUUAUAUAUUAGAGUAUAAUGCAUAUGUAUACAUAUAUUUUUAUUAUGAGCGAAAUAGUUUGUACAUAUAUUAUGAUGAUUUUAAUGCUUAGCUUAGGUAUUUAAUGUUUGGUUACCAAAUCUCAAAAGGCCAGUAAAAGGAGAUGUGCUCAAGGUUAAAAAAUAUUUAAAAAAAAUAUAUUAUUAACAAUAUAAUACAAGCCGUUCAGUUCCUACACACGCUGUUCCAAUUUUAAAUAAGAUAUUAAUCCGUUAUGAUAUGUUCGGUUUUUUUUCUUCUUUUUAUUAAUUUGCAGAAAUUUUGUUCACGAAAGAGAUAAAUAAGUGAGAAACAUAUACAAAGAAAGAAUGAUUAAAAUGAAUUAUAUGUGACAAUAUUGCUGUUUACAGUAUUCGUGUGUUUUAUUGUAAAUUGCAUCAUUAUUAUUAAUAUUUUUAAUUGAAAAUUAUAAAGAUCUUAAUGAUUCAAAUCAAUUUACUAUAUCCGCACACUCAAAUUUUGAUUCUUUACGAUGAUUUGUGUAAAAAAUAACUGUACCUAUACAUAUUUAUUUAUGUAUAUAGUAUUUUUAAAUAUCAAUUGAAUAAAAAUGAUUUAACUACCAUUGCCUCCACAACAAGAGUACAAAAUAUUUUUCUAAAACCAAUUCGUUAUCUUUGUUAACCCCAUUAGCUUUAGUUUUACCUUUCAAUUUUUUUUUUUUUUUUUUGGGAUAUUUGGGCAUAAAAUCACUGAUUCGGCAUUCGUCUUUUGGAUCUUGUUUGAAAAAAAGAAAAACAUUCCGUCUAAAUGAAUUAAAUUUAAAAACAAAUACCUAAAAACGUUUAUUUCAUUUUUUUUCUCCUUGUAGAAGGUGAUGGACAAGUUAGCGUUCGCCUUAUUUUAUAUUUUAUUUCCUCUACAAGUAUAAUAUUAUUAUAGUUAUUAUCAUAUAACAUAGUUUCAUAGUUGUUUAGACUUAGAGAUUUAUUUAUUUAUGCGUGUAUACAUAGAUUUAUUGCAUAUAUUAUUAUUAUUAUAUAAUAUACCUUUGUGGUUCAUAAUGUUAGGUGUUAAAAAUAUUUAUUUUAAAACAAAUAUUGUCGUUAAAAAAAAAAACAAUUUUAUAAAACACAAGAAUGAAUGUAUGAAACUAUGAGUUACCGUUAAAUUUUUUUUUUUUUUUUUUGUAAGUAAUAUUACUAUGUACUUGCUCAUUGUUUUUCUUUUUCUUAUCUUUUCUUUUUCCUUUAUUUUUUUUUUUUAUUCGUCAUUUAUGCUUGUAUUGUUCGUUUGGUUUGUCACAAGCGUGCGCACACGAUAUAUCCAGACAUCAUCUCAAUAUUUGAUUGUAUAAAUUUUCACACGGACUUAAUGUCCGAUGUGUGUAUGUGUAUGCGUUUGCGUUAACGCUUCCCAGCCUCUGUCUUCCUUUACAUACGCGCCCGAAGCAGUGCGAUAUCGCUGCAAGUCUUUAUCAGUUUUUUUUUUUUUUUUGUUGUUAAAUAUCGAGAGAAGAAAAGAAAAAAAUGUUUGAAUUUCGACCAAAGUUCUAUAAUGUUUCCAGACAUAUAUAUAUAUAAUAUAUGUAACCAAUUUUUUUCUCGAAAACUAAUAAUUUAAAAGAAAAUUUAAUCAUAAUUAUUAAAAAAAAAAAGCGUCCAGGGUUUUCGUAUGAAUUCGUGAUCAAACAUUGUGAUUGAAUAUUUUUUAAAUAAAAUAUAUAAUGUUAUUAAUAUAAUAAUACAUUUAUAAAUAUAUAUUUUGGAAGUAUAUUUCUUAAUCUAUUUUAAAAGGAAAAUACGUUUUAUUUUUUGAGAUAAUGAAAUAUUUUAAGUUUUUAUUAUGGUUUUAACACUGUUGGUUCUUUUGUUCUCCAUCAUUAUAAUUAUUAUUAUUAUUAUUAUAUUAUUAUUAUUAUUAUAUUACUAUUAUAUAUUUGGCAUCAUUAUUAUUAUUAUUAUUAUUAUUAUCAUUAUUGUAUAAUUAUAUUUUGACCCUCCCUUAAGGUUUUUUUUCAACUUUUAACCGCGCUUAGAAUAUAAGCUAUGUAUUUUUAUUUUUUAUUCCUUAGUUUCGUAUUAGUUUUUAAAUGAACAUUUUAUUAUGUAUAUGUAUAUUAUAGAUAAGUUACGAGAACGCGAAAAAUAAAACAUAGAUUAUGUUUCUCGUUGCUUUGGAAUACAAUUAUAAACACAUAUUUUUUAAGAAAUAUGAAAAAAAAAAUCCUGUUACCUCAAUAAAUUCGUUGCGUUUGUACCAUAUAAUAUAUAUAAAUAAUAUAUAUAAAUAUAUAUUAUAUUAUAAAUAACAUAAUUUAUACAUAAAUAUAAUUUAAGCUAAUAAUUAUUAUUAUUAAAUAAAAAAAAAUAUAAUAAAUACCAUGUUAUUAAGUGUUUUGUGUUUGUAUUAUCUAUUUUUGAUGUAAAUAUAGAUUUACGUUUAAUUUUAUUAUUUAUGCGAUAUUUUUUUUUUCAUUCAGAACACAUUAUUUGUCUCGUUAAGACGUUAUUAUUAUUAUUAUUUUUUAACGAAAUUAAAAAUAAUUUACACGGAUAAUUAAUGGUACAAAAUUGUGGUCGAGAAUGUUUCUAAAACCUGUUACCAGCGUAUUAUUUUUAUUCGUAUUAUGUGUAUUGAUCUUAAAAUAUAAUGUUUAUUGAUUAUA